CGUGAGGAGAACAACAUUUUAUAUAUAGACAAAUCAAUGCACCUUCCUCCAUUUGUCACAUAUAUAAAACUAUGUCUCAAAAUCUUAGUUUCGCCUACAAAGAUUUUAUAUAUAUAUGAUCAUUGAUCAGAAUUGCUUUGAUUUGUGAAAUGGCAUUCUGACAUAAAGUUCUUGGUUCUUUUGGUUGAUAAAAUAAAAAUGAUUUAUCAGACAAUAUUUGCCAAAAGCUUUAGUCGUUAUGAGCAGAAAAAGUUGGGAUAUGGAGCACUUGUUGGCUUCUUACUGAUCGUUUUGAGUCUUUGCACAGUGUUUAAGCCUUACUUGGGUCCUUUACAUGAUUUGAACAUGAAGCUCUCUAUUGGUGUUGACACCAAAAUGUUGAUGCUCAAUGACACUGGUGGCUCUCUCAAAAUAACCAAAGACAUUGUAACUGAAAUACUUGUUGAAGACACUGGCAAUUCUCUACAUAUGAUUGAAGAUGAAAGAAUUGUACCAAAGAACCCUGUCAAUGCCACAAGAGUCUCUCCACAAAUGGCUAAAGUUGAAAAUAAUGCAACUAAGACUCUAAUCAAUGAAACCAGCAUCUCUGCGACGAAAGCUGAAGUUGAAAAAUUGGAAACAAGAAAAGUAGAGCAAGAACAGCCACUAUGUGUUUCCGAAGCAAGGACAGAAUAUUGCAAAACCCAAGGAGAUAUCCGAGUGCAUGGAAAAUCAUCAUCUGUUUACACUGUGUCACAAAAAACAAACAGCUUCGCUGAAAACGUUUCAUGGAGUAUAAGGCCUUAUGCUCGGAAAACUGAUGCAUAUGCAAUGAGUAGUGUAAGAACAUGGUCAGUAAAGACUGUAAAAGCUAGCCAACAAGUCUCACAUUGCACCAAAAAUCACAGCAUUCCAGCAGUAAUAUUCUCAACUGCAGGAUAUACUGGAAAUCAUUUCCAUGAAUUCAGUGACAUUAUCGUUCCACUGUUUUUGACUUGUCGACAAUUUAAUGGACAAGUACAGCUUAUCAUAACCGAUAAGAAGCCUUGGUGGAUUGUUAAACACCGAGCAUUUCUUAAAAAGCUGUCCAAUUAUGAGAUUAUGGACAUCGAUGGAGACGAUGAAGUGCAUUGCUUCCCUAAGGUGAUUGUUGGCCUUAAAAGGUAUCAUAAAGAGCUAAGCAUUGACCCUGAAAAGUAUUCCUAUUCUAUCAAAGACUUCAGAGAUUUUUUGAGAAGUUCUUAUUCACUGAAAAGAGUUAAUGCAAUCAAAAUCAAAGAUAUUGGUAAUCAAAGUAAGAAGCCUAGACUCCUGAUUCUCUCAAGAAAAAGAUCAAGAUCAUUCACUAAUACAAAUCAAAUAGCAAAAAUGGCUAAAGGCUUAGGUUUUAAAGUAAUUGUUAUGGAAGCAGGGCGAAACAUGCGAAAUAUUGCAGAUGUUGUGAACUCUUGUGAUGUACUAAUGGGAGUUCAUGGUGCUGGUCUGACUAACAUACUUUUCCUUCCUGAAAAUGCAAUAUUCAUUCAAGUUGUCCCUUAUGGUGGAAUGCAAGUGGAUUGGCUUGCCAAAAAUGAUUUUGCAAAGCCAUCAGAGGAUAUGAAUAUAAAGUAUUUGGAAUAUAAAAUAAGGUUGGAAGAAAGCAGUCUUAUACAACAAUAUCCAUUAGAGCAUAUGAUUAUAAAGGAUCCCUCAUCAAUUGUAAAACAAGGAUGGGAAGCCUUUAGAUCAGUUUAUUUUGACAAACAAAAUAUAAAGCUUGAUGUUAAUAGGUUUAGGCCAAUAUUGCAAAAAGCUCUUGAGUUAUUGCAUCAAUAGGAUAUGAUUUUUGACGUAAUUAGUUGGAUUCUUUAGGUUGUCAUGGUUAUAAUCAGACCAGAUCUCUGUAAUUUAUUUAUGUUUUUAUAAGUAGCAUACAGAGUAUUUGUGUUUCUACUGAUGGACUUUUAGGCAUGGUUUUGGGCCAUCUUGCAAAUAACAAACAGUUUAGGUUACUGUGUUUUUUAUUUUUUAUAUUGAAACAUUUAGGUUACUGUGUUUGA